AUGCUUGUUCCCAAUGGCAACACAUCCAAACAACUACCGGCCUUUUCUCCGAACUACACAACGGAACUCGAACCCCCUUCAGAAGCUUCAAUACCCAUUGAAUAUCAACGCUCUGCUAUCCUAUGUAUCAACGAUUUCGCAGCAAAAGAUCAAAUGUUCGGAAAGUUGGGUCGCCUCUUUUGGUCAGACCUGAUGGCCGCCUGUUUCUCCCAAACGAUGACGGCUUCUGAUUGUGACACGAAUGGCCUUGAGGCUAUCUGGCGUAUAAACAUCGUGAAUCAGGCCCUGCCAGAAUGCUGGCAACCUACCCCCAACAUGUUUGGUAGCCGAUUCAUGGCCGAAGUAACGGUCUUUCGAUAUCCGCAAAGCGGCCUCAAUCCAUGCAUCUGCUGGAAACUGAGGAAACUGUCGCCGCCUAAGCUUCAACCGACAGAACCCACCGGGCCAAUGUCGAAAAAGCAGGCACGCAAAAACAGAAGGACGAAGACUGCAUCUUCAGGAGCGUCUAGUGGGCCCCGAGACACUGCCGGAAAGCUCUACAAUCGAAGUUACAAACGGUCGUUACCCCAGAGAAUAAGGGAGAGACCUGGACUUCUGAGCACAUGGCCUUAUGGCAUGGAAACCACUUCUGAAGACGAUUACGCCAGAAGUCAGACAUGGCAGUGCCCACAGCAAAGGUGCCGAACCCUUCAAAAUGGGUAG